CCUCGCCCGCAAUCUAGGACUUCCUCGUGGCUGAACUACAGCGGGAUCAGGGAGAGGGCCAGGGGUGUGAAGGAGAGUCUUUGGGCAGGCAGCCCGGACCCAAAGGCCUAGAGCCUCGUUUGAUAAUGGCUGGUGGAAGUGCUUGGAAGCCAGCUCGGGCCGAGUGACGCAGAGGAGCACCUGGGCGCUGUACCUGGAGCUGAGCUCAGGCUACACAUUUAGCAGACUGCCAUCCUCCUUAGAGGUCCGACUCCAGACAUGCUCCCUGAAGCCAGUUCCCUGUGGCUACUGCGGCUGCUCCGGGACAUACAGCUGGCCCAGUUUUACCGGCCCAUCCUUGAGGAACUUAACGUCACUCGGCCAGAACAUUUUGACUUUGUAAGGCCUGAGGACCUGGACAACAUUGGCAUGGGCAGGCCUGCCCAGCGCAGACUUGCUGAAGCCCUGAAGAGGUACCGGUCAGGAGUCAAGUCCAAGAACUGGGUCUACAAGAUCCUUGGGGGUUUUGCCCCUGAACAGAAGGAGAUCACUCCACGCUCAGACAGUCUUCAGUGUCUCCAUGAGCCAGAGGGGGGACUCAAGUGUCUGAUUCCAGAGGGUGCUGUGUGCAGAGGGGAGCUCCUGGGCUCAGGCUGCUUUGGUGUUGUACAUCGAGGGCUAUGGACGCUGCCCAGUGGCCAAAGUAUCCCAGUGGCUGUCAAGUCCCUCCGGGUCGACCCUGAGGUUCCGAUGGGCACAGAGCUGGGAGACUUCCUGCGGGAAGUGUCUGUCAUGAUGAAGCUGGAGCACCCACAUGUGCUGCGUCUGCAUGGCCUGGUAUUGGGCCAGCCUCUGCAGAUGGUGAUGGAGCUGGCGCCCCUGGGCUCCCUGCAUGCGCGCCUGAUUGCCCCAGCGCCAACGCCCCCACUGCCUUUGGCCCUUCUGUGCCUCUUCCUGAAGCAGUUGGCAGGAGCCAUGGCGUAUUUGGGGUCCCGUGGGUUAGUGCACCGGGAUCUCGCCACCCGCAACCUGCUGCUGGCCUCACCACGCACCAUCAAGGUGGCAGAUUUUGGACUUGUGAGGCCGCUGGGCGGCACCCGGGGUCGCUACGUCAUGGGUGGGCCCCGUCCCAUCCCCUAUGCGUGGUGUGCCCCGGAGAGCCUUCGCCAGGGAGCCUUCUCAUCUGCCUCUGACGUGUGGAUGUUUGGCGUGACGCUGUGGGAAAUGUUUUCCGGAGGCGAGGAACCCUGGGCAGGUGUUCCACCGUAUCUCAUCUUACAGCGGCUGGAGAAGGACCGAGCCAGGUUGCCGCGGCCUCCUCUCUGUUCCAGGGCCCUCUACUCACUCGCCUUGCGCUGCUGGGCGGCUCACCCUGCAGACAGGCCUAGCUUCUCCAACCUGGAAGGGCUGCUUCAAGAGGCUUGGCUUUCUGAGGGACGUUGUGUGAGGGAGGUCACAGAGCCAGGUGCUUUGCGGAUGGAGCCUGGUGACCCCAUCACGGUCAUCGAGGGCAGCCCCGACACCCCAACCUGGAAGGGCCAGAAUGGCCGCACUUUCAAAGUGGGCAACUUCCCGGCUUCAGCAGUGACGCUACCAGACUCGGGGGGUUCGCCCGUCACCCAUCCAGCCCACAGAGGUUCCCCCGCCCGGGGAGAGAGAUGCCGAGGAAGCGUAGAUGGGGAGAGAGAGAAGACAAAGUUUCAGGAUCUACCAUCAGCACAAGGCCAGAGAAGGAAGGUACCCCUGCAAAGGAUGAAAGGCAUUUCCAAGAGUCUGGAGUCAGUUUUGUCCCUGGGCCCCCGACCCACAGGAGGUGGUUCAAGCCCUCCUGAACUUCGACACAGAAGAGCUAUGCCCCAGGGACUCCCAGACCGGCCUCCACGCCCACCAGACCGGCCACCACGCCCACCAGACCUGCCUCCACGACCAUCUUUGAUCUCCAGCUCUUCUCAGUCCAUCCAGCCCCACAAAGCACGGCCUCCCUGGCCCAAAAGAGAACCCUCACACAAUCACCGCACUGGAGUACCUGGAGCCAGCAAAGCCUCUGUCCCUUCUGGAGGCCCCUUUUCAGACCCUGAGUGGCAGAGGAAGAUUGUAGAGGUAGAGCUGAGUGUACAUGGAGUCACUUUCCAGGAGUGCCAAGUGGCCCUUAGAACCACUGGGGGCGAUGUGGCUUCGGCUAUCCGGAACCUCAAGGUAGACCAGCUCUUCCACCUCAGUAACAGGUCCAGAGCAGACUGUCGUCGAAUCCUGGAGCAUCACCAGUGGGACCUGUCAGCAGCCAGUCGCUACGUCCUGGCGCGGUCCUGAACUCUGCAUCCUUGGGGAUGGCUACCAGCAUGGAGAACCUGGCCCACUUGGGGCCUGGCCUUAUGGGACCAAACAGAACCAGGAGGUCUUGACAGAGGCAGACUUCACACCAAGGGAGAUCUUACUGGCUGUAAGGAGGUAUAACGAGUGUGCAGGGCACCAGGUCAGGCACUGGGGAGUGUUUCCUCCAUACCCCGCUCCUUGGCCUCUGAGGGCCUAAGAACCUUUGACUGGACCAAGAAGGAUCUAGUCCACUCUGCUCACCACAUUCCCAAUCGAAUAGGACUUGGAAGAACAAAAGCGGCAGAGGAAUCCUCUACUCAGACAACGACCAAGUAGCCGUACCGGCCCGUGGAACAACCGUUAGUACGUCUUUAGCUGCCUCACUAGACUCUGGGGCACCCGGCUUAGACACUGACUCAGGGCAGUAUCUUAGACACAAAAUCACCAUGGGUGAUAAAGACUACGUUUUUGGACUCAAGGA